AUGCAGCCUUCCAGCCUUAAAUCACAUCCACCUGCUACUGUGUCGGUGAAAGCAGAAAAUCAGCAACAGCAGCUACCAGCUCAUGAUACACAGAACAAUAAAAAAGAUCUUAGUCAUCUAGAACAUAUUUUUCAAUCUGUUGAAAAACAGAUUGAACAGUGGGGAGACAACGCAAAGUGGAAAAUAGACUUGAUUCUGUUAGAUAACAACAGUAAUAACAAACUACCAAUACAGCAGCAACAGCAGCAGCAACAGCCUGUUCCACCACAACGAAAAAAUAGCAUCCAUCCGUUGCUGUCACCACAGCUUUUACAUCCGAACGCUAUUACAACACCCGCAGAAAGCAACACACCUACCAUUUCAGCCAAUUACAGCAAUAAACAUAAUGCGUCCAUACCUAUCACUUCUACCGUUCAAUAUCCUUGGGACUUUGUUACACCAAAAUACAUGAGCGAGUUGGGAUCACACUUUGGCAAUAAUGAUUUACAAACAAAGCUGCAUGAAUUAGUUGAACGACAAAAAUAUUUGGAAGAGAUCAUUUGGUCGCAGGCUGAACAACUUCGACAUGCAACCACAGCUUUUCAAAACGACUCAGCUACAAACGAUGCAAUCAAUACGAUGCAAAAGAUAUAUCUACUAUCUCAAAACGAGCAAAAAUUACAGUACUUGACUGAAACCAACAUGUUACGAGCUGAUAUAGACAAACUGACAGCGAAAUUAAAAAACAUGGCACAUAUAUUAGAAAAAAUGGAGCAGAUGGAAGUCCCUGCUGAAGAUAAGCUUCUAGACAAAGCUUCUCUUUUAGCAGAUAGGAAGCGGAUGCUAAGGAAAUUACACCUCGUAGAACUGAGACUCACCGCGAGAGACGCAGAGAUAGAGUAUCUCAAUGAAAUAGUACAUUUUUUGAAAUCAACGGCACAUGGCAACUAUUAUUACCACCCAACAAUAAAGUUGAAGGGUUCACCUUACUUGCUUCAGCAACAAUUCUCCCCUUAUAGCACGAACGCCACUACGAGUGAAAUCAGAAGUUCUGAACCGCAGCAUCCUUUAUCUGCAUUAGAUAGCUUAGGCAUAGUAGCCGAUCAAAUGCUAAGUGAUCCAGAAUUCGACACUUCUAUAAAUCAUAAAUCAGAAGACGAAGCAGGGGAUUCACAAGAAAACCGCUUUAGAACUCGUCUUAAUGAUCGAAGAUCGCAAAGGUCAAUGGAUUCGGCUGCUACUUUAUUGGCAAUGCCACAAUUGAUGUUCCCCCACCAACGACGAACACCUUUAGAACAUGUCCCAAAGAAACCAAGAUCUACGUACACACGAUGGACAGAAGCCGAAGAUAAACUGUUACGUGCUGCAGUGAAGAAGUACGGACAUAGCAAUUGGGAAGCAUGUGCGAGAGAUAUCAAAGGAAGAAGUAAUAUUCAAUGUCGAAAUCGAUGGAUACCAACAGCAGCGGGUAACAGCAACGCGCGCCAAUCGCCUUCCAUUGCUGCUUUAUUGAAUAGUGAAAACAGCGAGAGCAGAGACAGGGCAGUUGGUAAUGAGUCACCCCGUCUUCACCCUACUUCUCAUCCUUAUACACCGCCUUCACCAAUGCAAUCACCAAAGCACGCAAGACGUCGGGCAACCGAAGUCAAAAACCAAAGGCUAUGA